UAGGAACCAACAUAGGAUCCUGGCUGUUGCGCAAUUUUCUGUUUUGCAGCUCACAUCUUCACCUCCACGCGGUCUUGAUGGUGUCUUGCCUCGGAGUUAGUACGGCAUUGACGGGAGUUUCUGUCGCGCUCGGGUCAUCGUCGACCUGCAACCGAACUUGGACCGGCAACGAAACCUCAGCCAUAUCCGGCUGUUAGAAAAGCAGCCGGAUGCCUGUCAAGUGCCCCCGCCUCAUUUUACGCAUGGGAUCCAUGAUUGGAUAUCAAAAACAGCAAAGUGGGUGCUCGUCGCAGCCAUUCGCUGCAUCUCGACCCAUUUCGGAAUAUCUCGGUGAACCGCAUAGCAUAAAUGCGUUGGCAUCCGCCCGCAUCCGAUUUCAGAGUUUUGUUUCUUUACCUAUCUCAACAGUUUCCACGAUGUUCGGCGGCUUCAACGGGAGGAGCGGCAACACCGGCGUAUUCAGAGGGCCCCCUCGGGAACCGCGGAAACCCCAAGCCGCAGCGCGGACCGUUGCGGCCGCGGGUGCCCUCAGGCCCGUCUAUGCUCGCACAGCACGAGCAACGAAUGGACAAACCGGCAUCUCGGUGCCAGGGCCGAUGCCGGAGUCUCCCGGGAUGUCUGGGCAUGAUGUCGCCGCAGUCGCGGCGACCAACGUCCCUGCGCCUGGAGGAAACACGCAACUGCCCCAGGCGGCCUACUAUCGCUCCCCGGGAUUAGAAUCCGCGAACGGGCAGCCUGGUAUGGCAGACGAACAAGACUUUGCAAGUCUGCAUAUCAAAGUGGCCGCAAUGUCGGGUCAGGUAGCCUACCAGUCAGGGCAGGUAACCUGCAUGUUGGAAUAUAUGCAGGAUCUCAAAAACGGGAUGAACGAGCUCAAAGCCCAGAUGAACGAGCUCAGAGACCAGGCGCAAGCCGCUUUACACGACGCUCAUGGGGGGUUCGGGAAAAUCAUGGAGAAGAUCGAGCAAUGGACUCGUGAAGUAGAACAUUGGGGUCAAACUUAUCUCCCAGAGCAGACUUCGCAAGCGGCCGACCCCGCGUGGUUUGGCCAGGAGCAAUAAUAUAUGCCCAGAGAUAAAUUCUCGGAGUACUAAGUAAUUAGAGUUCAGUUUAAUGUACACUGUAGCCGCAAAAUUGCAUUCACCAUCUUCUUACUCCCAACACGACCGGGAACUGAGAUGCGUCACUGCUACUUGGAUCGACUGGGAAACGGCUGUGUCCCUUGGCCCCACUCGGUCGGCUUUCUAGCCAUCAUCUAGCAUAAGUCCUGGCGGGAUGGUCACUGUCUCCUUUUUGCAGCUCCCAACCGCGGUGAGAUUAGCCAGAAGAGGUUAGGAAGUCGGCGUGUCCGACUCGGCAACAGCGG